AAAAACAAACAUAAACGUAUAGCUUCAUAGCUUCGCUCUCUCUGUUCGUCUCUGUUGGAUUUCAACCAAGAAAACGAGAAGAACAGGAAGGGGAUUUCAACGGAAAACAUGGAGAAGCCUUUUCUCAGAGGCGAGAGUAGUGGUGGUGGCAGAGGGAGGGAUUGGAUGUAUCGCCGUUCUGAUGCGAUCACUUAUGGCUCUCCUUACCAGAAAGCAGCUGCGCUCGUCGAUUUGGCUGAAGAUGGAGUUGGCCUACCUGAGCAAGUUCUCUACCAAUCAAACUUCGGAAGUGCUGCCAAGUAUUACUUUCUCUUCACGCGAUUUGACUUGUUAUGGUCUCUCAAUUAUUUCGCAUUGAUAGUCUUGAACUUCUUUGAGAAACCUUUGUGGUGCGAGAAGGAUCCGGCCAAGUCUUGCAAUGACAGAGAGUAUUUUUUUCUCGGUCAAUUGCCUUACUUGACUGGUGCCGAAACUUUUAUCUAUGAGGUUGUGACACUCAUUUUACUUGCAAUACAUACCUUCUUCCCAAUAACUUAUGAAGGGUCUCGUAUCUUCUGGAAAAGUCUGCUAAAUCAAUUAAAGGUCAUCUGUCUGCUAAUUUUGCUUGCUGAUAUAGUGGUCAAUGCUCUCUAUAUAUUUCCAGUGGCCUUCAAUUUUCUUCCAUUUAGGCUGGCACCAUAUAUAAGAGUUGUCAUUUUCAUCCUAAAUAUAAGGGAAUUGCGAGCCAGCAUCCUGAUUCUGGCUGGAAUGCUGGGGACGUACUUAAAUGUCUUGGCUUUAUGGCUUUUAUUCCUUCUCUUUGCAAGUUGGGUGGCCUAUGUCAUGUUUGAGGAUACCCAAGAGGGAAAAACUGUUUUUACUUCAUAUGGUGCCACAUUAUAUCAAAUGUUUGUUUUAUUUACCACAUCCAACAACCCAGAUGUCUGGAUUCCUGCCUACAAGGCUUCACGUUGGUAUUGCCUGUUUUUUGUUCUCUACGUGCUGUUGGGGGUUUACUUCGUCACUAACUUGAUCCUUGCAGUUGUAUAUGACAGCUUCAAAAGUCAGCUUGCAAAACAAGUCUCUGAGAUGGACUGUAUGAGGAAAAGAACAUUGGAGAAAGCCUUUAAUGUCAUUGAUAUUCAUAAUGCUGGAUACAUCAAUAAGGAGCAAUGUCUUCAUCUCUUUGAAGAACUGGCUAAAUACAGGACGUUACCAAAAAUAUCAAAAGAAGAGUUUGGGUUAAUAUUCGAUGAGCUUGAUGAUAGUCACGAUUUCAAGAUCAACAUGAAUGAAUUUGCUGACCUUUGCAAUGCCAUUGCUCUAAGAUUCCAAAAGGAGGAUUCUCCACCUUGGUUUGAAAAAUACCCGAUGUUCUACCAUUCACCUUUCUCUAAAAGGUUGAAAGAAUUUGUUCGGAGCCCCAAGUUUGGAUACAUAAUAUCCUUCAUUCUCAUAUUGAAUUUGAUCACUGUGAUCAUUGAAACAACGCUUGAUAUACAAAACAAUUCUGGUCAGAAGGUGUGGCAAGUGGUAGAGUUUGUAUUUGGGUGGAUCUAUGUAGUGGAGAUGGUUCUAAAAAUCUAUUCAUUUGGAUUCGAAAAUUAUUGGAGGGAUGGUCAAAACCGCUUUGAUUUUGUGGUCACGUGGAUAAUAGUUAUUGGAGAAACAAUUACUUUUGCUUCCCCUGAUGAACAGACCUUUUUCUCAAAUGGAGAAUGGAUUCGGUACCUUCUUCUUGCAAGAAUGUUAAGAUUGAUAAGGAUUCUUACACAUGUCAAGCGUUACCGAGCAUUUAUCUCCACAUUCCUGACCCUCAUACCAAGUUUAAUGCCGUAUCUUGGGACUAUUUUUUGUGUGUUAUGUAUCUAUUGCUCUCUCGGUGUACAGGUGUUUGGUGGAAUUGUCAAUGCUGGAAACCCCAAAUUGGAGGGAACAGAUCUUGCUGAUAAUGAGUAUCCUUCAUAGUUUAUACA